AGAGAGAUAGCGUUUCAUGCAAGAACACUCAGCAAAAUGUGAUUAUGUGGGCAACAAAAAUCAACAGAUGCAAUACCCAAGACAUAUGCUGAUCACUUAUGUAAUAACUCAACUUAUAAGACGGAUGAAAUAACAUCACCGGGUAAACACAAGUAAUAACAUGUCGUCCACAUUCAGCGAGGCUGCCUCGCUAUUACGGGAAGCUACCACAGUUAGCAAGGAGACAACGACCAAGAAAUAUGCCAUCGAAAUUUUAGUCGUUGUUUUGGUGUCAACCCUUCAAUACUUGUGUCAAAGUUCUGCUUUUCACUGUCCGCAUGGUGAUAGCCAUUUCAGAUAUUCAAUGUAUGUGUUAUUUGGUCCUCCAAUAUUGUUCUAUUGCUUAGCCAUUUUGAAUAAUGAGUUGUUACAGUAUCGCAUAAGAGGGGUUGCGAGAGGAUGUUUCACGAAAGGUUCCAGAAAUCAGCGAAUGUUGAGAAUCAAAUGGAAAUCUGUGUUAUGGGGAAUUUUUCUAUCGUGCAUGCGUUGUUUACUUGCUCCGAUAACGUGGAUUAUCGUGUCGUUGUUACAAAAACGUUUCUACGUAUGUGCUAUCGUUGGAUAUGAACAUUUGGAUUUAAAAGGAGCUGCUAAUGUGACACAUCAUGAAGCACUUUCAACAGCUGGGACACAUUCGCAAGUUUUUGGAAUGAUAUGUUUGUUGUUUCCGACACUCAUCUACACAGUGUUUUCGACAAUAAAAAGAUGCUUCAAAAAUCCGGUCGAUAAUCUGCCAUGUUUGGAAGUCUUUACAACUUAUGAAGCAGAGGUUGCUCGAAAUAUAUUUGAAGAAAUCAUUCGAGACGCCGCCAACAAGAAUGCUAGAAGUAAAGUAAAACAAAUAAUGAAAUCUGUUGAGCAUGAAGAACACAAAGAUCAUGUCACCACCCAGAUGACAUAUGAGAACAUGAUGGCUGCUCGAGAAAAAAUAACGCAAGUUUAUCCCAUUGUGGAAGAUCGCUCAAAUCAUAAGCAACGAAUGAUGGAAGCAUGGGCAAGCGAAAUAGAAAUUUUCCAAAAAACAUUAUUUCCGAGAUAUCGAUACACAAAUCUGGUGGCGAGACGUUCUGUCUUGGACGAAACAGAUAAAAACACAUGUGGAGGAGAGCAUGAAAAAACUACUUUAUUAUAAAAUCACCGGCCAUUCUCGUGCCCAGACCUUUUUGAGAUAAACAGGUUUGUGUUAAACAGUACUGGGAUCAAGAAUGAUCGCUGGCGUCUUUUAGAAGUUGUUAUGUUACGUGUGGUAAUCUUUCUGUCAUGGAAUUUUGUUUUCACGAUAAAAUUUAAAAUUGGCGUAAAAGCGACAAGAAAUGUCGUUAACAAGGUUUGGAAUCAAGGUUGUGCAAACAGUGCCUGAAACGUAAUUUUUGUCCUAAGCUAGAUUCCAAUUACAGCGCAAUUCCCUGCGGCGCUGCAUGUCGCCUCAAGAACUCUGCGUUUUUAUGCUUCGCAUUAAAUUUAUUAUUUCUAUUUUUGUCUGCAAUGGAAAAAUAAAAAAUUACAAUGAUAACAGCAUGCUACAACAAGGUGCUGCGCUGCAGGGAACUGCGUUUCCAAUGUGAAUUCUUUGGAUGUCAUGUUUUUGCCGCCAAAAUUUAUAUUUUUUU